AUGCUGCGCUCCUUUGGCAAGAUGAUGAGCGGCGUGUCGCGGCGCUCCAAAAGCCGCGGCCAUGACGCGGAUGAUCUACCCGACACGGCGAGUGCAAAGAGCUCAGAGAGCUUUUCUUCAGUAACACAGCAUGAUGGAGACGAUGUGCCAAGUACACGCGGCGUCCCGGUGCUCAACGAGCCGGGCGCCAGUACCAAGUCUCGCAGCAGCGAAAAAGGGGAGCUUGAUGGCAAAGAGGGCACGGGUCAUAGGGGAACGCAGCCGAUCUCUGCAAGUGCAAUGUCGUCUGGCCACUCCAGCGCGAUGCUUACGCCAGAUGCUCGCAGCCCACACAGCCCACACCCCAGCAGCCAUUUUGGGAGCUCCCCUGGACAAUCGGGGUCUUUUUCCGGCGCUUCGCCGAUCUCUGCAAGUCUUACGAGCGCUGACGGUGUGAAAACAUUUGAUAUUGACGAUAUGAUCUUGCGUCUCUUGGAUGCGGGCUAUGCAUCCAAGAUGCCGAAACCCGCGCUAAAGAUUCCUGAAAUUAUGGCCGUCUGCCAGGCCGCGCGCGAAGUCUUUCUAAGCCAGCCCACAUUGAUUGAGCUGAGUCCACCCGUAAAAAUUGUGGGUGAUACGCAUGGACAAUACCAGGAUCUGCUGCGUCUAUUUGACAUGUGCGGUUUUCCGCCCACAUCUAACUAUCUGUUCCUUGGCGACUAUGUGGACCGUGGAAAGCAGUCGCUAGAAACGAUUCUGCUCUUGCUUUGCUACAAGAUCAAGUACCCAGAAAACUUCUUUCUUUUGCGUGGGAAUCACGAAUGCGCAAAUGUGACGCGUGUGUAUGGCUUCUACGACGAAUGCAAACGCCGCUUAAAUAUCAAAAUUUGGAAGACGUUUGUGGAUGUGUUCAAUACGUUACCCAUUGCUGCCAUUGUGGCAUCCAAAAUAUUUUGCGUUCAUGGGGGCCUCUCCCCGUCCCUCUCGAGCAUGGACGAUAUACGGCGCAUCGAGCGUCCCACGGGUGUGCCCGAUUAUGGGCUGCUCAAUGACCUGCUCUGGAGCGACCCCAGUGAUACGGCGCUGGACUGGGAGGAUAAUGAGCGCGGAGUGAGCUACUGCUUCGGGAAAGCGGUCAUUCAGCACUUUCUUGUACAGUACGACUUUGAUCUGAUCUGUCGCGCUCAUAUGGUUGUGGAAGACGGGUAUGAAUUUUGGAAUGAGCGUACUCUCGUCACCGUGUUUAGCGCACCUAACUACUGCGGCGAGUUUGACAACUUUGGCGCAGUGAUGAGCGUAUCAGAGGAUCUGCUUUGCGCAUUUGAACUGCUGAAACCCAUGGAUGGACCCACCCUUAAGAAAGAAAUGGCCAAAAACAAGCGCAAAAGCUUGGUACAAAAUGCACCCCAGUCACCAUCGUGA